UGUUUCACAAAAUGUCUCCCAAUGAGACUCUGUUCUUGGAAAGUACCAACAAGAUCUACAAAGAUGAUAUUUCCAACAGUUCAUUUGUGAAUUUCCAAAUAUGGGAUUUUCCCGGACAGAUGGACUUUUUUGAUCCAACAUUUGAUUAUGAGAUGAUCUUCAGAGGAACAGGUGCUCUAAUAUAUGUUAUUGAUGCCCAGGAUGACUACAUGGAAGCUUUAACAAGACUCCACAUUACAGUUUCAAAAGCCUACAAGGUCAACCCGGAAAUGAACUUUGAAGUUUUUAUUCAUAAAGUUGACGGUUUAUCAGAUGACCAUAAAAUAGAAACUCAGAGGGAUAUUCAUCAGAGGGCUAAUGAUGACCUUACAGAUGCUGGGCUUGAAAAACUUCACCUUAGCUUUUAUUUGACCAGUAUCUAUGACCAUUCAAUAUUUGAAGCCUUCAGUAAAGUGGUACAGAAGCUUAUUCCCCAACUGCCAACACUGGAGAAUCUACUAAAUAUCUUUAUAUCAAAUUCAGGCAUUGAAAAAGCUUUUCUCUUCGAUGUAGUCAGCAAAAUCUACAUCGCAACAGACAGUUCCCCUGUGGACAUGCAGUCAUAUGAGUUGUGCUGUGACAUGAUUGAUGUAGUGAUAGAUGUUUCCUGUAUAUAUGGGUUAAAGGAAGAUGGCACUGGAAGUGCUUAUGAUAAAGAGUCAAUGGCAAUUAUCAAGCUCAAUAACACAACAGUCCUGUACUUAAAGGAAGUAACGAAGUUUCUGGCAUUAGUUUGCAUUCUUAGAGAAGAGAGUUUUGAGCGCAAAGGUCUGAUAGACUACAAUUUUCAUUGCUUCCGCAAAGCCAUUCAUGAAGUCUUUGAAGUAGGUGUUGCCUCCCACAGAAUCUGCAACCAUCAAUCAAGCGCCUCAAAUAUGAAAGCAGUGACUCACAAUGGCACACCUAGGAAUGCGGUCUAGAGGAAAACUAAAGACGUUGGAUAGACUUGUCAGCUCUCCACUCCAAAGUUUUGUGGAACAAGAGAAGAGUAGUCUGAAAGCCUGAAGCAUGUUUCAUGGGAGAAGAGUGGUGCUAACUGUGAAACAGCAGCUUGUAACUCAUGUUGGACAACUGAAACUACUGUAAAAAUACUUGGAGGCCAGUGAAGUUAGAUGCUGGUUUGAAACCAGCUUCAUUGCAAGUGCAGUGGUUUUUCAGUUUGGAGUCGUAUUUUAACAGUCUGUCUCUGACUGAUUGCCCGGUCAAAAUUUACAGAUGAUUGAGUUGAGUUUUGCAUGAAACACUGAAAAGUCACUUGUUCAACUUUUUUUUUUUUUUUAAUUAAUCUGUAGAAUAUCCACUUUUGCUUAAGUUUAGCCUUUUGUCAUGCAAAA